AUGGAAAAUAUUCAUAUAAACAACUGUCCUUUAGAAAUAGUGUGUCUUAUUUUUAAAUAUUUAGACACAAAAGCUCUCUCAUCAUGCAUGUUAGUUAGCAAAAAGUGGAAACAUUUAGCUGAAUAUACAGUAGAGCGUUUAAAACUUUGGGAUAAUAUGGUCAAGAAAGAAAUGAUUAACAAAGGCUCCUCCUUUGUAAAUAAAUCUACAUUAGAUCAGCGGAAUAUAUUUAAAAACUUCAUACUUUGGCACCAUGUGGCAAUGUCAGAAAUUAAACAUUUAAAUAUAUAUAAGAUGGCUAGUGUUAAGAAAAUGAAAGUGUAUAAAGAUAACUUAAUAUUAAUUACCGAUUCACAAGUUCUCUAUUAUGAUAUAAAAACUUAUAAAUUAAUGAAAACUCUCGAGCGUUCAUGCCUUGACUUUGAAGAAAGUGAUCAAUCGGUAGUAGAACUUGUACAAGAACCCGACUCCUCACAGAAGUUGUAUGUAUAUAGAAAAUCGGGUACAAAUGAGUAUGAUUUAGACCGUCUAAAAAAAAAUUCUGUUAACGAGGUAAAAGCUUUCAGAUUAGAAAACGAGCUAUGCUACGUAUUUACGACGAGAAAUAUACUGUUGCGUUUGAUAAAUAAAGUCACUCGAUGGGAAAUGGAAUGUAUUGGUCGUCAUUACGGCAGUGACUACGAUCCAAUGACCACUAUCCAUAUAUGCAAUGAUGCACUUUAUAUGGUGACCAAACUUGGCUAUGUGUGGUACGCAGAAACUCAUAAUUUCAGGUUUGUCAAGAUACACAAGUUGCAUGUCCCUAAUAAUAUAAGCAAACACAAUUGGGUCAUGUUUGAUACUUUCAGUUGUGCUGUGCCUGUAAAUUCUACCGAACAGCUGAUAAAGAUUAAUUACGACCUAAAGAGCGAGGUGAUAGUGUUGGAGUGUGCCAAUAUGUCGUGUGGUCUCCAGCACGGGGAUGUACUGAUUCUUGGGUUUAGCGACGGCGGGGUGGAAAUUCGAAUGCCAAAGAAAAAUGGAGCGAUCGAAGAAAAUUCUAAACUUUAUUUUAACAUACAACAGUUCUUAAAACAAGAGGAUGAUCAUGAAAUUUUGAGUCUGAACGUCUGCGAGACGGUGAAUUCACAUAUUUUGUUUAUUAGAACCCGUGAUUGUGUACAUCAGUUGCAGUUAAGUUAUCCUGAAACACUUGUAAAUCACAUCUAG